UGGGAGCAGCAGCGCCCUUCUGAGAUAUCUGUUUCUAUUUCGCAGCAAGCGUUUGUCUGGGAUGAGCAAUCAACAGUCCCAGAUGCCACCGAAAUGCGAUGGACUAUUCCAUUCGAUCUUAUAGGGAGUUUGAGCCUGGCGGCUAACAUUAUUGAGUUCUCAAACAUGGCUUCUCGUCUGGUCUCUCCACAUUUCGUUUACCCUGAUGGCAUUCCUCAGACUUAUUCAGGAAUGGGAAUGCUUCGCAACAGCCCUAGUGGACCUCAAUCCGCCUUAUCUCUGCUCUAUAAGGAAAUGGAGAAGCAAAAUACGCUUAGCUGCCUUACUCAGAUCGAACGAGGUUUUAGUGUCGUCUGUGAUCAAGCCUUAGAUCUAUGCCGAGAUCUGGCAAAGAAUGGCACGAGGGCCGACACCAUAUCAAACGAAGAUCUACAGAACCUUCUAGCAAUUUUUAAUUCCCGCAUCCCCCAGAGACUGCUAGAAGAGUUUACGACCAAGAUCCAUGAUUUAAGACGUAUAUUACAAGUGGAUGUUCUUCGGUCAUUCUGGCGAAGUACCGCGUGUGCCGGAUUCUCUCAAGACUCCCCAACCUACGUAUGCUUGGUUUAACGCCGGCCCGCGAGGGUCCCUAAUCUACCCCGAAGUCGCUUUCGUGCCACCUGCCUCUGCGGAACACACUUCAGCAUCUCGAUCUCCAAGAGAGGCUGCCUACAACAUUGGAGCUCCUUAGUCUCCUAUCAUUACCCUUUUCUCCGCUUCUUGAACGUCUUCGACACGAAGAAUUUCACGUUUCCAGAGAACGCUUUCCCUCACGAAAGCCCCGACGAACGGAUAACUUUCCAAUCU